UUAGCAUUGCAUCGCUCUGGCUCAACUAUGGGAAGUGAGAGAGAACGUGCAAGCUUUGGUGACCCCAAGGUGUUUGCUGUGGAGAUGUCUAGACUGCUGAAUUCUCAAGAAUUCGGAGAUAUCAAGUUCAUUGUAGGAGAAGAGAAGAGAGUCUUUUUUGGUCACAGAUGUGUGCUAGGAACGAGAUGUGAGGUUUUUCGUGCCAUGUUUGCUGACCAAGCUGCUAAGGGAGACACCUCACUGGAUCCCUAUAUUUUAUCCGAUGUCCAACCAACUGUCUUCCAUACUUUGUUGGAAUUUGUUUACACAAACAGAUGUACUCUAAGCCUAGACACAGUUGUUGAUGUGAUGGCUAUAUCAAUCGAAUAUGGUUUAGCUGAUCUGACAAGGGUUUGUGUGGAGUUUAUUCGAGACACCUUAUCUGUUGACAAUGUCUGCGAAGCAACUCAGGCUGCGCUUACAUAUCAGCAAGAUCAUUUGGCAGAUAAGUGUUUGGCAGUGAUAGAGGAGAACACAGAGGCAGUGUUCAAGACUAGGGGAUUCACUGAGUUAUCGGAUGACACUUUGUCUUAUAUUCUGGGUAGUGACAACUUGAUGGCUGAUGAAGGAGAAAUAUUAAAAGCAGUCAAAGAAUGGGCUACUGUCAAUUCUGUUGUUUCUGGUGAGUCAAUGGGCGAGGUGUGCAAGAAUACGAUUGAGCACAUUCGCUUUCCACUCAUUGAUCCUGAGGAACUAGCAUUCAUUGACAAGGAAAAUGAAAGGAAACAAUACAUACCAAUUUCUUUGAUCAAGAAUGCAUGGAAGUUUCAUGCUACAAAAGAGGUGGAUCCCUCCAGGAAGCAGACAAGACCAAGAGCAGGAACUCUUCCAAAGGAGUCACUUAAAGUAUUAGGCUUAGGUGCAAGGACAUGAACAAACUUUGUGCUAUCUAUUAAAGUACAGAUUGAUUAAUGCAUUUUGUACUAAGUAGCUACUUUAUGGAAGUUAAGUUAGUUUAUGAUGCUGAAACAACAGCAUAUGUGUAUAAUAUGCAAAACAGACAUGUGAGUGCUACAGCCCAUCUACC